AUGAAGGAAGCCUCUGAGUUGAGUUCAGCCGAAAUCGUGACGAGCCAAAAAGCCACAAGACGUCACCCAAUGAGCAAUACCCCUACCCAAAAAGAUGAUGUACAGCUGAAGGGCAGUGGAAACAAUACGGAUGGUACCGCCCCGCCAAUUUCGGAUAAUGGAAGUGACGCAGCUACGACUCACGCCAGAGUCCUCAGUCAUCCGCGGAAAAAAGGGCCUCCUCCAGCCCCAGAAACACCGAACACAACCCCUAAAUACCCAGAUGGGAUCCAGUUUGACGGCCGAGGAGCGAGGGCCUUCAAUGCGAUGUUGAGCGGUAGGACAGGAACCACAAUCCACUCAUAUGGCUGGAGUCGCCCACUGAGGAGGAACAGUUCCAGCAGCAAAAAUGACGCUACCCAGACGAAACCCGCGCGGUAA